AUGGAGGCUCAGGAGAAGCUGGGUGUCAAUGAAAUUGAGCACAUAGAGCUCGAACAACAGCACAAGCACGUUGAUCUUAACAAAAAUCUAACAGCGAGAAUCGAAAAUCCUCUUACCGGUCUCUCGCGCGAAACCCUUCUCGCCCAAGUCGACGAGUUUGCCGAAAAGGAGAAUCUGACUGAUAUCAAAGAUCUCCUUCGCCGGGGAGCACUGGUUGCCCAGCACCCAGCUGGCUUUGAGUCCGUUGAGGAGCUUGAAGAGGAAGAGCGAGAAGCCCUUCGUAAUGAGGUGCUACAUCGAUGGCGCCAGCCAUGGUCACUGUAUUUUACUGUUAUUCUCUGUUCAAUCGGUGCCGCCGUCCAGGGUUGGGAUCAAACAGGUUCUAAUGGUGCGAAUCUCUCCUUUCCAGUAGCAUUUGGGAUCCCUGAUUCGGCAUGCAUGCCUGGCACCGGAACAGACGGUAUAGCCUGCGUCAACAACCCGAAUGCUAUUCGAAACCAAUGGCUUGUUGGAGUGAUAAACGCUGGUCCCUACAUUGCAUCCUCGUUCCUCGGCUGCUGGCUUUCCGACCCUCUCAACCAUUACUUGGGUCGUCGAGGAACAAUAUUUUUUUCCGCACUGUUCUGCUUCCUUUCGGUUAUUGGUUCUGCGUGCUCCCAAACCUGGCCGCAGCUAUUCGUGACUCGUCUUCUUCUCGGUAUUGGAAUGGGAUCUAAGGCAUCCACCGUCCCUAUCUAUGCUGCAGAAAACUGCCCGGCCGCAAUUCGCGGUGGGUUGGUUAUGAGUUGGCAAAUGUGGACUGCUUUUGGUAUUUUCUUGGGCUUUUCUGCAAACCUUGCAGUCGUUCACACCGGAGCUAUUGCCUGGCGUCUGCAAUUUGGAUCUGCAUUUAUUCCCGCCGUUCCGCUCCUGCUUGGUGUUUACUUCUGCCCCGAGUCGCCUCGCUGGUACAUGAAGAACGGCCAGUAUGCCAAAGCUUUUAAGUCGCUCUGCCGCCUUCGCAACACGCGUUUGCAAGCGGCUCGCGAUCUCUUUUAUGUGCACGCCCAACUUCAGGUCGAGGCAGACGUUAUCCACCAGGGGAAUUAUGUGAAGCGCUUUGUGGAGCUCUUUACUAUUCCUCGAGUGCGCCGCGCUACUCUUGCCUCGUUCACCGUCAUGAUUGCCCAGCAAAUGUGUGGAAUUAAUAUUAUAGCUUUCUACUCGUCUACUGUAUUUGUUAAGGCCGGCGCAAGCAACAUUCAGGCUCUACUCGCUUCCUGGGGCUUUGGACUGGUCAAUUUUGUCUUCGCAUGGCCGGCUAUCUGGACUAUUGAUACAUUUGGCCGUCGUGCAUUGCUGCUUUUUACCUUUCCUCAGAUGGCCUGGACACUGUUAGCUGCUGGGCUCUGCUAUCUCAUUCCUUCGGACAGCAAAGCCCAUCUAGGUCUCGUGGCUAUGUUUGUCUUCGUUUUCGCUGCAUUUUACAGCCCAGGAGAAGGUCCUGUGCCCUUUACUUAUUCUGCCGAAGUCUUCCCUCUUUCACAUCGUGAGGUCGGGAUGGCCUGGGCGGUCGCAACUUGCCUUUUCUGGGCGGCUGUCCUGUCUAUUACGUUCCCAGCCAUGCUUUCUGCGCUGACCGUUACCGGCUCCUUCUGCUUCUAUGCGGGGCUUAACGUCAUCGCAUUGUGUAUGAUUUUUUUGUUUGUCCCAGAGACCAAACAGCGUACCCUUGAGGAGCUUGAUUAUAUCUUUGCGGUUCCCACUCGCACCCACGUCCACCACCAACUCACCAAAGCGCUGCCGUACUUCUUCAAGCGCUACGUUUUCUUUAAUAAGGACGCCGUGCUUGAGCCAUUGUACAAGUUUGACGAGAAGCCUGCUGACAGUCACGAUGUUAAGAGCGAUCCAUUGGCGAAACACAAUAUUGCUCACAGUGGCUCGCGCCAUUGA